AUGAUGCAAAAGGAAGAGAUGAUUGUCAAAGAUGGCACAAAUGAAACCAUCAGACAGCUGCAAAAGGAAGAGAAAACGAUGAACAGCGCUGUAUUUAAGACGGACAAGAGUGCCGUGUCAGAUAAAGGAAAAGAGGAGGCCGUUAUGGCGCCCACAGAGAUAUCUGUUGAGUCCUUAGAAAAUAUCAAAUACAUUGAAGAGGGAACCUUUGAGGUCAACUACGUAGACGAAGAGCAUGAAGAAGAGCUUAAUAACGACGAGUACAAUGCGCUUGAUUCUAGCAGAAAAGAAGAAGCGCUGAGGAUGGCAGACAGCAUGGGCCAAAAAAACUCUAUUUUAGAAGAGACAGUGGGCUCUAGUGCAGGAGGAUCUUCUGCAUCUAUUAAUGACAGAAGAGCAGUGCAGAUUACGCCAGAGUACAUGAGCACGCUUUCUGUCGUUCAGAGAAACAUCAUCAAAAUGGAGAUGGAAAUAUCUCGGCAGACAAAAGCAGCAGAAGAACAGUGGGUUCCAAGAAGAGAAAUACUGAAAGAAGAUUUUAUAUACAUUCCUGUGAAGGGAGGACACUGGGUCAAAUCAGAGCCAAAACAGAACAAAAAGAAAUCAAACUUUUUCACUAAGCUAUUUCAAUGCAUGAAUCCAUUUUCUAAAUAG